AUGAACGUUACAAACACCACCAGCCAAGUCCCCCCAAACGGCAUCGGCGCCCUCUCCUUUACGCCUCUCCUCGCACCAAACGCCAUCUUUGUAACAAUCUUUACAUUCCUGCUCCUCAUACACAUUGCCCUGGCUAUCCGCUUCUGGAGGUUCUACGGCUAUGCAAUCGGCAUGCUGGGCGGCCUCUUGUUAGAACUCCUCGGCUACGUCGCAAAAGUCCAGCUCUCGCACAGCCGGGCCAACAAGAACGGAUACAUCAUGUACCCAUUCCCCCCUGAUCCCACACAAAAUACCCCCAACUAUAUACGCAGUACAUCAUCGGCCUCACCCUCGGCCCAACGUUCCUCUCCUCCUCCUUAUACCUAG